AUGGGGGAGAGGGGGGAGGGUGUAGAUUUAGCGAAAGGAGAAGUAUAUUUCCAAAUAAGGAAGGCGGCGAUAGCCUUAGCCACAUAUUACAUGAGUCAGCCACACCCGCCACACCAAUGGACCGUCUGCUCUCCGGUAUUGCGCUUUAAGACAGAGAGCAUUGACCGAUUACCGGAUAGCUGGCUUGCAGUGGACGCCGCCAUAAUGAGUCUCCUGAGCCUCCCAAAUGAGAUCCUAUUUCUCAUCGCUAAUUACUCGGAAUAUUCUUGGAAUAUUAGCGCGCUCUCCCAGGCAAAUCGUUAUCUAUAUUCCUUGCUGAAUGGCUAUGCCUAUCAACAUAAUGACCGCUACUUCGGCAGCUCACUACUGAAAUGGGCGGUCGAACAUGACUCUGAGAUUGUUGUGGCAAGAAUGCUAGACGCAGGUGCUCCUGCAAGGAUGCCUGGCCCAAAAAAUGACUAUGAUCCGAUUGAGACUGCUGCAUUAAACGGGCAGACGGCGAUUAUCCGGCUAGUCGUGGAGAGGGAACUAGUUUCAGCGGACCAUUCCUACCACUUGAUGCUUCUUGCGGCAGUUCAUGGUCAUGAGGCUGUUGUAAAGCUCCUUCGCGUGCCAGCAAUGCUCAGCUCUCCAACACAACCCUAUGCCGAUUUCGCUAUGGCGAGGCAGGGUCGUAAUUUGAACGUGACGAAAAUAUUCACGGAGGAAUUGGGAGACUUCUUGUUGCCAAGUGAUAUAUCGUUCACGUGGUGUGAGGAAUUGAGAUUGGAAGCACGAAGAGGCCGCUUGGAUUCAGUUCGAGAACUCCUCCGGCUUGGGGCCAACCCGAAUAAGGCCGGCCCUUACGAUUACGAACCUACUGCACUUACCAUUGCUGCUAAAGCUGGCCACUUGGAGAUUGUUGGGUACUUGCUUGAAUAUGGGGUGGACAUGGCGGAAGCGCGAGAACGCUCACGCGAGAAUCCAAUCUUCAUAGCCCUUGAUAACGGUCAUGUGGGGAUUGCAAGGCUUUUAUUCGAACAUUCAGGGCUUGACACGAAUACCCUAGAAACCAGCGACAGUAGAGCCUUUGUUCUUUGUCUGGCGGCUGCCUGUGGCUUUGAAUAUCAUGUUCGACAACUUCUGAGCUAUAGUACACUGAACGAAAAAUAUUUGUUUAAAUAUCCAUUUGACACGCCCGGCCUUCGCGGGCCGCUUGAAGCCGCAGCAAAAAAUGGACACACGGAAAUCGUUGCUCAAUUGUUGAAUGAAAGACGCGUCAACCCACGACGAGAAAAUCCGCUAUAUCACGCCGCUCGGGAAGGGCACGAGCAUAUCGUCAAGCUAUUGCUUGACCAUGAUGCUGACCUCAAUGACGAUUAUUGCCUGGAUCUACCAUUACUGUAUGGAGCUGUUGAACACGAAGAUAUAUUCCGAUUACUUGUCAAUCGAGACGUUGACCUCACGGACAUAAUGUAUGAGGAUGAUGAGCCGGUCACUGUAAUGUCACUAGUGAUCCGUCGUGGGAAGAUAGCGUCGGUUGAGCUGUUGCUUGACAACGGUGUGAAAAUCGAAGAGCCGAAUGAGAACGAUCUUUUACGAUGGGCAAUAGAAGGCGGGCCAGCCAUGCUUCGAUGCCUCCUUCUCCGGGGGCUUUUGAAAUUCCCAUCUACCCACAGUGAAAGACAGGCUGCUGUGAUGGCUGCGAUUCGCGAUGGUCUGACAGGGUCACACGACUUUCUCUUGGAUCAAGGUUUCAAUAUGCCUGAAACUCACCAUCAUCUUCUUGACUAUUUCUUCGAACCCUGUUCGACUGAAACGCUUGAUAUACUCCUGAAGCACGGUAUGAAUAUCAACAAGAAAGAUCGUAAUGGAUACACAGCUUUGUUGCAUACCGUCCAAGAACCUGUCCCUCAUCAUGUGAGGUAUUUCUUGGAAAAGGGCGCGGAUCCGCUGAUCGCUGGAAGUGACGGCAAAACGUCUUUGCUUCAUGCGGUAGACAAGCUGGGGGCUGCGGAUUUCAGACUCAUGCUGCAGUCAACCGACGCCCAUUCUGUACCGCGGAAUGAACUGCACCGGGAGAUAUCUAGAUGUCUAGCUACGGCAGUUGAGCGUGAGGACUGGGAUAAGAGAGCUGCCGGCAUGUCCUCUUUCGCUUGCAAGGAUGAUCCUUGUACGGUCACUCUUGACACGAAGGUUGUGCGUCAACCUGUGCCAUCGAACAUCGAAGGAAUACGAAAUCCUACCAUGGAUCUCUUAGCUCUCCAUAACGAGAUUUUCUUUCUUAUCGCGGAAUUCCUAGAAUACGAGUGGGAUAUCAGUGCACUCUCUCAGGUCAACCGCCGCCUCUACCUACUGCUGAACAGCUAUGUUUAUGAGUACAAUCGGAGUCACUUUGACAGUUCGUUAUUGAGAUGGGCAGCAGAGCAUGGCUCUGAGAUCGUUGCUCGCAAGAGGCUAGAUAUAGGAGCUGCUACAGCGAUAUCUAAUGAGCAGCGUUUGAAAGUCAUGGCUAUCGCUAUGCGGAAUGGGCACGUUGCAGUCUUACAGCUUCUUCUAGAGCGAGGAAUCGACUUACCUCAUGAUUUACUGCUAGACACGGCAAAGAAUGGGCACCUGUCCGUCAUGCAGUUCAUGAUUGGACGCGGGAAAUUUUCACCUUCCAUGAAUAUCGCCAAAGACACAUUAUCCGCGGCAGCAGGGCGAGGCGAUCUUGCUGUUAUUAAGGCCCUUGUGGACGGCCUAUGGGUCAGGCAUCUUCACUACAAUCCUGAGUACCAUAAUUGGAGAUAUACCGCGGCAAGUGCAAUGUCGCACGGCGCAGCGAUCAACAACCAGUUAGAAAUCGUCCAGUACCUUGUCGACCUUGGCGUCGGCCCAGAUGAUUCUAAUCCUCUAACUGCAGCAGCCACGGGAGGUCAUCCUGAUAUGCUUCCAAGCCAGGGCUAA